AUGCAAGAAGCAGGAAGCGACGAUACCAAAGACACCCCCUUCUUCGAGUACCAUCACUUGAAAGCUAUUCAAGAUCAUGACAGUAAAUAUCUUGGACAAGCAAACGUAGCCAAAUCCCCACCACAAAAUCGAGGCACUAAAGGAGAUACCCCUUUUAUUGACGAGGAAGAGCAGGAUUGGAUGGCACACAAUCGUCUACCAGCCAUCCCCUUGUCUGCUGCUGUCGAUGAUACACCUGCUGAUAUGAAAACAGCCUACAAAGAUGAGGCAAUUACAGCAGAACUGAUAGAGCUCUACAACACAUUUCAAAAGUGUCUGGAUCUACGUGAAAAGUACAUGAUGAAGUCCAAGCAGCGAUUUGAGGACAAUCCCAAAAACAGAGCUGACUGGGAAGUGUAUCCUCCACCUCCCCCACCAUCUUGGCCUUUACCACCACCAGAUGAAUUGGCACGACGAAAGAAGAAGGAAAAGGAACGCGAAGCUGAUCCCAUUGCUGCUGUAGGCAUGGAUUUCCAUAGAGAGCAUAUAAGGAUUCCUGGCGAGCAUCCUUACACGUUUGGUGUAGGCACGGAUGGCUUCUAUCAUGUAUUCAAAUCCGAGGAAGACAAAGCAAACAGAGAGGCUGCUUAUGAUGUUCCCCAAUGCAAAGAGUUUUAUGAUGAUUUGGAUUACAUUUUGACAGCCAUUAGCGAUGGUCCAGCCAAGAGUUUCGCCUUUAGAAGAUUACGUUACUUGGAUUCCAAAUGGCAAAUGUACACUCUAUUGAACGAAUUCCAAGAAAUAGCAGAUUCCAAGCGCGUGCCCCACAGAGAUUUUUACAACGUGCGUAAGGUGGAUACUCACGUUCAUCACUCGAGCUGUAUGAAUCAGAAACAUUUACUACGUUUUAUCAAAGCCAAAAUGAAGAAAUUCGCUGAUGAUGUUGUCAUUUUUCGUGAUAAUGAACACUUGACUUUGGCUGGUGUAUUUGAAAGUCUGAAUUUGACCGCUUACGAUCUGAGUAUCGACACUCUGGAUAUGCACGCACACAAGGACUCUUUUCAUCGUUUUGACAAGUUCAACUUAAAAUACAACCCUAUUGGUGAAAGUAGAUUGAGAGAGAUCUUCAUGAAGACGGAUAAUUACAUCCAUGGUCGCUACUUGGCUGAAAUCACAAAAGAGGUGGUAUCUGAUUUGGAGUCCUCCAAGUAUCAAAUGUGUGAAUACCGUGUUUCUGUUUACGGUAGAUCGAUUGAUGAAUGGGACAAGUUGGCAAAAUGGGUCGUCAAUAACAAAUUGUUCUCGCCUAAUGUGCGUUGGCUGGUUCAGGUACCUCGUCUAUACAACAUUUACAAGUCGACAGGACAUGUUGAUAACUUUGGUGAUAUCAUCAAAAAUCUCUUUGAGCCUUUGUUUGAAGUGACAAAGAAUCCUCAAUCUCACCCCGAGCUCUACAUCUUUUUGCUGAGAGUGGUUGGUUUUGAUUCCGUGGACGAUGAAUCCAAGGUGGAGAGAAGUGCGUAUCGCGAAUUCCCACUACCCAAGGAAUGGAAUAAUCCCUCAAACCCACCAUAUAGCUACUACCUGUACUACAUCUACUCGAAUUUGGCCUCUUUGAAUAACUGGAGAGAAGAGCGAGGCUUCAACACCUUUGUACUUCGUCCUCAUUGUGGUGAAGCAGGCGACACAGACCAUCUUGCAGCAGCAUUUUUGACAUCUGAAGGUAUCAGUCAUGGCAUCUUGCUCAGAAAGGUGCCUGCCUUGCAAUAUCUCUUUUAUCUUGCACAAAUCGGUAUUGCCAUGUCGCCCCUCUCCAACAAUGCACUAUUCUUGACAUAUGAACGCAACCCAUUGCCCCAAUUCUUCCAGCGUGGUCUGAAUAUCAGUAUCUCAACCGAUGAUCCUCUGCAGUUCCAUUUCACUCGUGAGCCAUUGAUCGAAGAAUACAGUGUAGCAGCACAGAUCUGGAAGUUUUCUGCCACUGACAUGUGUGAACUGGCUCGAAAUUCCGUAUUGCAGUGUGGUUGGGAGGAUAAAAUCAAGCGUCAUUGGAUUGGCGCUCAUUAUACUCGACCUGGUGUGGACGGCAAUGAUAUGAGCAAGACAAAUGUGCCCAACAUUCGGGUAGAUUAUCGCUACGAGACACUGUUGGAGGAAUUGAAUGCUCUGCGUAGAUAUGCGCCCAAGGAUCAAGGUGGAGAUGGUGUUGCUCUGGAGAACAUGACUCAGCGUGAUAUGGUUGGUGUAGCAGGUUUGACAGAGAGUCCUCGUUUGCAGCAAAAUAUGAUGCAUGCUGUUCAGCAUGAGCCUACAGUAGAUAAUAAACAAAAGACUCAGGAACAACAUCACUAUUGGCACGAUGACCGCAGAGACAGCUUCCCUGGUGUCGCAGUCGUUGCAGAGAGGGCUCGCCAAAGACGAUUGAGCCAGAUCUCUGGGAGCUCCAAGUAA